AGUCAAGAAAGACUAGACCUUAAUCGAAAUACAAUGGCCGCUACCGACUACAAGUUCGAAGGCUGGAUGGGCCUUGACCCUAAGGCCGCUGAGGGCAACAUGGUCUGGCAGGAGUUCCAGCCCAAGACUUGGGAAGAAACCGACGUUGACAUCCGUAUCACACAUUCUGGUAUCUGCGGAUCUGAUUUGCACACCUUGCGCAGUGGAUGGGGUCCUACGAUGUACCCCUGCUGUGUCGGUCAUGAAAUCCUCGGAAUCGCCGUUCGGGUCGGCUCCCAGGCCGAAGGAGAUAUCAAGGUUGGCGACCGUGUUGGCGUUGGUGCGCAGAACGAUUCCUGUCAGGGACGCAAGGGUGACUGUGAAGAGUGCGCCUCGGGCCUUGAGCAAUACUGUCCCAAUCUAAUGGGCAGCACCUACAACUCGAAGCACUUCAACGGCGAUAAGUCAUAUGGUGGAUAUGCUCUCUACCAUCGGUCCCCAUCUCGCUUUGUUAUUAAGAUCCCCGACGCUAUCCCCUCCGCGAUGGCUGCUCCUAUGCUUUGCGGCGGUAUUACCACCUACUCCCCACUUCGUCACAACGGGUGCGGCCCCGGAAAGAAGGUCGGCAUAAUUGGCGUUGGUGGUCUGGGACACUUCGGUAUCAUGUUUGCCAAGGCCCUCGGUGCCGAUAAGGUCAUUGCGAUUUCGCGCAAAGCAAAUAAGAAGGAGGAUGCGCUCAAGCUGGGCGCCGAUGCCUACAUCGCUACGGACGAGGACGAGGACUGGGCUAAGAACAACUCUCGCAGCUUAGACUUGAUCGUCUCCACAGUCUCCUCUUCUAAGAUGCCCAUAAUGGACUAUAUUACUCUCCUCAAGCCCAGUGGGAACUUUGUGCAGCUGGGUGCCCCUGAAGACGGCGCUCUCACCAUCCCUGCCUUCGCAUUGAUUGUCAAGAGGAUCAAGUUCGGAGGAUCCCUGAUCGGAAGCCCCAGCGAGAUUCGCGAGAUGCUUGAAUUGGCCGCUGAGAAGAAUGUCAAGUCCUGGGUUCAGGAAGUGCCUAUGAAGGAUGCCAACAAGGCCAUCGUCGACAUGAACGCUGGCAAGGCUAGGUACCGUUACGUGCUUGUGAACGAGCAGUAG